CAUUCAAACCAGUACUCUGUUAAUUUCAAGCCAAGUUAUAUGAUGGGCCUGAUGUUAUUUUUUUUCACACUCACGUGAAUAUUGUUAUGAAGACACUGCUAAGGAUUAUUUUCAUUGAGAGGAAAUUCAGCGCAGCGGGACGUACAAGUUCGCCACGUAGCUAGGAGAGUGUGAUAUCAGUGUAUUGUGCAUUUUGACAAAGAAUGGACGCGUUGUUUAUCUUUCCUUACCAGAGUCAUUCAGGUUGAUGCCAAUUCUGCAAAUGGUAGCUGAAGGUCUCUGUAAUUGUGACAAAAGAAAAGAGGAAAGAAAAUAAUGAUAUCAAGAAGUCAAUUGCCAUACAGAAAAGGUCAUCUUUUUAUUGAAUCACUGAAAGAAGAAACUCAUGUUUUUGAUGGGGUACAUCUUUAGUGGCAAGCAAUCAUUAAGAGAGGUUUAGAGAAAUGCAGUAAACUUGUGAUGGGACUUGGAUAUUUGUGAUGAUACAUCUUAUUUGUGCAAAUGUGACGUACCUGCCACUGUUUUAAAGAUUUUUAGGGUGAUCAAAAAACCUGUGAUACACAAAAAGUGCAAGUAAAGUCUAAUUUCCAUUCUUUACAUUUGGAAAUACAUGUACUGUAUAUCACUACUGGUAACAUAUUUACCUCUAUACACCAUUUUUUGUUAACAUUUUACGGGUAAAAGAUAUUCAUUUUGAACAAAAAUUUUUAAGUUCUCAAUAUUUUGCCACAAAAUUAUGCACUUUUUCCACUGACCACUAUGUGUAGAAGAAAAAUGCCAAGGGACAUACUCAAACUAUCGGGGGCAUUUCUACUGGGAUUCCUCACCAGUUAUUUAAUUAACUCUACAGUCCCUUGCCCUGGUGGGGGAGAUCUCGCUGACCUUGAAUCCAAGCAAGAACCUGAGAUAAAACUGUGUCAAAAUGAACGAAACAGUGUGCAAUUACGCGAGGCCUACACGCCUUCCACUCUUUUUGAUGUAAUACGAUACGAAUACUUCACUGAUCGCCAUAUAUAUGGAGAGUUUGACAGUGACCCAAGAAUCGGUUUUCUAGGUCACCACAAGGGGGACUUGACCCACAUUCUAGAGCAACUGUCAUCAUUGUAUCAUGGAGCUAAGGGAUAUGAUUGGUUCCUGAAAAAGAUAAUCGAUGGUUAUCGACGCUUUGAUCCAAAUCGAGGAGAAGAGUAUGUCUUAAAUGUUGAACUGAGGAAUACGCAUGAUCAGUCCAAAAAGGACGUACAGAGAUUUGAGGUGGUUAAACCAUUCAGUACGGCUCACUUACUUAACAUAAAACCAUACCAGAGCUCUGAGACAGUUCACUUUAUCCUUCCCAUUUCAAAAGUGACAAAUCGUCUGAGAACUUUUCUGAAAUCUUUCGAGGAAACUUUUUUAAAGCCCAAAGAGGAGGUUCAUCUGCUUCUUGUUGUCAUGGAGUUCAACUUUCAGGCAAAGGAGGGGGACGGAGUGAUUGUACGCAACCUGGUGAAGGAUUUGAGAAUCCGGUAUCCUCAACACAAAGUCACCAUGUUGCAGACCAAGCGGCCAUUUUCUCGUGCCUUAGGUAUCGACCUUGGAACAAAGCAACUCCCAGAAGAGGCUCUCAUGUUCUUCUGCGAUGUUGAUGUGACACUGAAGCGGGACUUCCUUGACCGUUGCCGUAGCACUGCCGUACAUGGCCGCCAAGUUUACUACCCGAUCGUGUUCUCCCAGUAUGAUCCAGAGCUUGCCAAAGGAUAUUCUCCCGUCACCAAGGUCAAGGAUUUGCUGGAUAUCAAUAAAUAUACAGGGCACUGGAUAACUUAUGGUUUUGGAAUGGUGUGUCUCCAUCAAGCUGACUACCGCAGAGUGGGCGGGUUUGACCUGUCAAUCACUGGUUGGGGCGGGGAAGAUGUUGAUUUGUAUUUGAAACAUGUAAAAAGUGAUCUGAAGGUCUUCCGUGCUAUGGAUCCAUCCCUAAUCCACGUUUAUCACAGCAGGUCAUGUGACCCAAAUCUGACCAAGGAGCAACUGAGGAUGUGUAUUGAUUCCAUGGCCGAAGGAUAUGGCUCCAAGACGCAACUUGCCAAAAUGGUUCUUCGGAACAAAAUGAUGCCUCAGAAUGACGAAUAAGUGGGUUUUGGGUUUGACAUAUUAAGCAGCUCUUAUUUCAGUCCCAAUAACUGAGAUAACAUUUGUAUGCUAGAGGAAGAUGUAAGUCUUCAAUUUAAAUGUGCUAAAUGUCUAAUUAUUUUCUACACAAAAUAUUCAUUAUAUAUAGUUAUUAUUAAGUUCCUGUUAGCAGAGGAUGUAUGUGUACUUUUUUUAGUCAUAGUUAAAACUGGAAGUUCGGAGUCCAGCAAAGAAUUUUACCAGCUGCGUUAUGCAUUUAAGAUGACAAUGAUGAUUUCUUUAAACAAGAACUAAAUCUCAGAGGUAUUACUACAGUCCAAUAUUUCAGAGUCUAGCAAGGCACCAUCAGAGAAUGCAGCUAUAGGGGUUGUAAUAGUUACUGUAACAACCCUUCUUUUUAGCACUUGUUUUAUGAAUCUAUAAUUAAUGCAGUUUCAGAGUUUGGAGGCAGUUUAUUCUAAUGCUCAAAGUGCCAAUGAAUUACUCUUUGCUUAAGUUACCAGUGUUUUCCAUCGUUGUCUUCCAGCUUUUUUCUAAUAGGAUAAUAUACAACAGGGGAGAUUUUAGGCCAGUACAUCCAUACUUCUUGUAGAUAACAUUAGUUGAAAAUGGGGAGGGAGGAGUGGGAAGGUGUGGCACAUACUCUCCAACCCUCUUUUAUCCUCUGCUCUCCCCUGCCCUCCCAAAAUAAAUAAAUAAAUAAAUAGUAGAAAAAAAUAAAAACAGUGUAGCAAGCAAAAUGAGACUUAAAUUCAUCCCUGUGCAUUACGUGUUAUAGUAAAAUUGUCUUUAUGAAAUAUUCAUAUUUUCAAGGCUUCACGAAACCCGGGUUUGGCCAAAGAACACGUAAAAGCUACAGCUGUAGAUAUAGUGGUCAGUCUGUAGACUAUUUGUCAGCAUGUAGUUUAUAUUUAAGCAAUAUCUUUUGUUAAAGCAUCGCAGUAUGUAUUUACUUUGUAACAAAGAUUCAAUAAGUGAACAGUCCAGUCCUAAGUUAGGGCAAUAUAUAACUUAUACCCGGGUCUUAGGCAAUGUUCAUAUUAAUCUCAGCUAAUACUAGUUUAUGGGUAAAAUUUAAAAUGCUUCCCACAAGUUUUGUUUUAGAUGAGCUUUAUAAAUCUAGUCACUAGGUGCCAAAUAAUGGAGUCUACACCUUUAAUAAAUAAUAUUAUCAGACGAUCAGGGUAUUAAAAAUUUGUUUUUUUUUCUUUUUUUUACUUUACACAUUUACUCAAUGCGACUAGGAUCCAACAAAUCCUAGAUUGUGAUAAGAAACGAGGCUAAAAAUAUUGCAUUAUUUUAUAUCUUGUGCAGUAGACAAUUAUUAUUAUUACAAUCAACAGAGUCACAUAGAUGUUGCCUAAAAAUUAAAAUACAUACAUCUACUUUUGUGAUAUUAUUUUCUGUCAAAAUUGUCAGAAAUGUGAUUCCUUGUAAUUUAUUUGUGAAGUCAUUUUGCACAAAAUAUACAAAAGUGCCCUCCAGCGUUUAGAUUAAGUGUAUUUGUUUGUGUGUUUGUUUGUUUACUCACACACUAUUUCUAAAUAUAUUCAUUGUCAAGGGCUUGUUUAGAAAGUACUGUGUGAUAAACUGCAAACUGUGGAAUAAGUAUUUGCAGUUGUUCAGCAAUCAGAGUUCUACACAAAAAGAAGGCAAUCAGAUGUUUAUCUUUGCUUUAAUAAUUAUUUAUACAUAUUUGUGAUACGCAAAAGCUGUAGGCCAAAGAUUUAUAUCAGAAUAUCAUGGCAUACUAAUAAGAAAAUUAAAUAGUGCUCACAUUUUUUUCAGUGUCAGCUGCUUCAUACUAUAAAAGAAAUUGUCAAAAUGCUUGUUUAAGUAACAAAGUUAAGAGGAGUGAUUGAAAAAAAA